UUUUUUGCGGGAAUUUAAUUUUUUGAGGUUUAACGUUGGCUCAACAACAGUUGUGUUUAUCAACGCAACGGCCGUAUCAGUCCGAUCAAUUCGAAAUGUAUAAAAAAUUGGGAGAGUUUGUUACCUUAUCAAAGCGUAGCGUGGCAAUCAAGGAGAAGUGGUCUUUAAGUGGUACACCGUGAAAAUUUUCAUCAUAGCGUAUUAAAGUGAAAACUUACCUUUUGUUCUUUCAUUUUCUGUAAAAUUAACUCAGGCAAUGGUAGUGCGCUGCAGUGACGAAGAAAAAUGUUCGAUCAAUUUGCCGUCACGAUGUUUUAUUUGGUGUUCAACACCGUUUCGUCAAUUGUUUUAGUAUUAUUGAACAAAUGGGUGUAUGUUUACGUGGGUUUCCCCAACGUAACAUUGACGUUUUUACAUUUCUGCACUACAUUUGCUGGCUUGUUUAUCUGUCAGAAAUGUGGAGUUUUUCAAAUAAAAACUGUACCCUUAAUGCAGAUGAUUCCUCUUGCAUUUACUUUCUGUGGUUUCGUUGUUUUUACGAACUUGAGCUUGGAAACAAACACUGUUGGUACUUACCAGGUUGCAAAGGUGAUGACUACUCCUUGCAUUAUCUUUAUUCAAAUGCUGUUCUACAAGAAGGACUUUUCUCUUAGAGUGAAGUUGACCUUGAUACCGAUCACAGUGGGUGUGUUUUUGAACUUCUACUAUGACAUCCAGUUCAACAUGCUGGGCACUCUGUACGCCACUUUGGGCGUUGUCGUCACGUCGCUGUAUCAAGUGUGGGUCAGCCAGAAGCAGCAUGAGCUGCAGAUGGACUCGAUGCAGCUGCUGUACUACCAGGCACCUCUCUCCGCUGCCAUCUUGCUAGUGCUGGUGCCCUUCCUGGAGCCCAUCGAGUUCACCCUCACCCACGCCUGGACCACCGAGAACAUCUGCAUGGUGAUUGGUUCGUGCUGUACAGCCUUCUUCGUCAACUUGUCCAUUUACUGGAUCAUUGGAAACACAUCGCCCCUUACAUACAACAUGGUCGGGCACAUGAAGUUCUGCCUGACAGUGUUUGGGGGCAUCCUGCUGUUCAACGACCCAUUCCAUGUGAACCAGGUGAUUGGUGUGCUGUUCACGCUGACGGGCGUCACCGCAUACGCCCACGUCAAGAUGAAGGAAAACCAGAAGCUGAAAGCUGCGGUCGUUUCAGAAGAAAACGGUAUGUCUCCUUUACUCAUGCCAGAAAAAGACAGGCCUGAAGAAGAAUAAGACAAAACAUUUUGUGGGGUUAGUACACACAAUAGUACCGUGCAGUAUUUUUAAGAUAAUUUAAAAAAAAGGAACUUGAGGGGCAGACCAAAUCAAAACAUAUUAAUGGAAAUUUUAUGGUGAGUUACAUAAUACCCAUAAACAUUAGGGGAAGCAAAUAUUUUUGCACCAUAAUGUCUUGCUUCAUUAAGCUUUCUGAUGUUUUCUACAAACAUGUGUUUUUUACUCAUUUUGGUUAAAGCAUGGUUUUCAUGGAACUUGUAAAAAUCGUGUGAUGUGCUGGAAAAAUUAAUUAUCAAUGUACCUUUGCAUUGCUUUCAAAAAUUUCAAACUUAUUCUGUUUUUUGAGCAUGUCCGUUAUCAUUGGGAGUUUUAUGUGGGCUGGAGGCAAAGUUAAGUAAGCCCAACUUGCUUAUACAUAUUAUGUUUCUUUGCAGGCAUGUAGGGUUGUGUAAUUAACAAAAAGAAAAUGUAACUAUACUUAAGAGAACUUUUGGGCAUGUGAAACUGUUUUUGAAAGUAUGAAACAUUCCAUUACCUCGUUUAGGGUAAAAUUUCAAUCCGGAUUGAACCUGGAGUGGAGUGAGGAAUCUAGAUUGAAAUUUUACUUAAAACACUUUGUUGUUGACUGAAGUUGGAGUGAAGUGAGAUAAUCCACUCCACUUGUUUAGGUGGACUGGAUUGAAGAAUCCGGAUUGAGAUUUUACUUUAAACACGGACUGGAGUGAAAAGAAAACACGCACGAGCAAGCCGCUGCCAUGUUGCAUUGUUUGUUAUUGGUCUCGUUGCAUUUCAGGCAUAAUUUGUGAAAAUUGCAAAAGAAAGAGCAGAGGAACGUGUGGACAGAGAUAAAAGUAGAGUUAUUGUUGGACGUAAUGAUUGAAAAACAUAUUUUAAGAUUGCUGGACAGAAAAAAGGUUAGAUCGCACCACAACAUUUUCAGUUCGUGUUGACUCCAACUUCGAUCUUGUUUACAUUUCAAUCUGGAUUGUGAUAUUUACCAUAAACGCAUUUCGUCAGUCUAUGUUCGUUACACAUUCACUCUGAGUUCACUCCACUCCAGGUUCAAUCCGGAUUGAAAUUUUACCCUAAACGAGGUACAUGUUCUUUUGGAAUGGACAUGAUGCUCAACAUUUAAUAAUUAAAAUUGAAGAAUUGUGGAGAAGAUGGCUCUACUGUGCUAUAGGUACUUCCUUAAUAAUUUUUUUUAAUGAAUCACUACGGAGUAAUUAUACACACUAAAGUGCAAAAAUAAAUUUCCUUCUCUCUAGUGUUAAACUAUAACAAUAAUUUUUGGUGAACGAAACUAUAACCGCUUAGCAAUUCAUUAAAAACAGUCUAUGGAAAAAAUAUUUCUUGCACAAUAUGCCAAUUUUCCCAGGAAUGCUCAAUUGAUAGUUUAAAUGUUCAGUUUGAUCUCUUUGAGAAGAAUGAAAUAGAAUUCCAAAUAGAGCAGAUUUUAAUGUAUUAAACAAAAGUUUCUUUGAUCAUUCAGAUAUUUAUGUAACAUGGAGAUUAUGAACCUUUUAGACCAAGAGCUAGGGCAACUUUAUUUACCCCACGUUUACCAUAAACUUGAGUCUGGUUUUAAGAAUAACCAUAACCUACUGUCUUCAGAAAGGUAUUUCUUAAGGUUGGCGAGUGGUGGGGGUAUGAGUAAUGACGUCAUCAAUAUGGCUGCCGCACCAACUUGUGGCACUAUACUUAAAUAAACGUAUCUCCGCAAGGAAACGUCGUAGAGCUUUGUUCUUUUUUUAAUAUUGCUCAUAAUGAAUUAACGAAUGUUUUGUGUAAUGUAAAUUUAUUUCGUAAGGUUAAUAGUUUUCGUGAUAUUUAGUCUGAAACUAACAUUUUCCCUUUUUUUUGUUUUCUAGCGAAUGUUUAAAGCCCAGCAACUCUUAAACCGUUAAGAAUAUAAAACAAAUUAUCAAAAUAAAAAGUUUGCUUAGAUUUUGAGCUAUUUGAAAAUGUCUAGAAACAUGGGCUUUGGAUGCAUUGUAAGAUAGUAGGGAUGGGACGAAUCCACAUUUUGGUCGAAUCCGAAUCCUUGUUCGAAUCCUCGGUGUUUGUCAUCGAAUCUCGAAUCCCAGUCCCACAAUAAACUUCACAUGUUAUUAAAAAAAAUCACACAUUUAUUUUAAAAAAUUACAUAGGCCUAUGUAUUAAAAAAAAUCACAUGUGUAUUUAUAAAAUUAUAAAAUAAGUGCAUAGUAUAGUGUAUACACCUGAUAUAAAAUAGAGACAAAUAACCUCAAAAACCACACACGUAAGUUUGCAUCUGUCUAAUUCUCUGUUAAAUUAAUCAUUCCUAUGUUUUCAAUAAAAUACGUUUGUAUAACAGACACCAUUAAAAAAAAUUUAUGUUUUUUUCUGCAGUGUUAUAUUAUUGAAGGUUGGAAAUGAUCGAGUAGUUAUGCUAAUUGACAAAAUGCAGCGUAGUUUGUGCUUUUUCCGUUACCUUUAUAAUAAUAUAGUUUAGGUAUAAAAUUUUCUAGAGCUGGACGAACCUCAAUUCUGUGGUUUCGAACCGAGCCAAACCAAACCUCAUACAGAAAUAAUUGUUUUGAAUUAAAAUGAACCGACCACCAGAAUUUUGGUCUUUAACUGAAUGGUGAGAAAGAAAAGUUCUCCAGCCAUAUGUAAAAUUAAAACAUUAUAUAGCUUAGCUUUAUUAAAUUGCAAAACAUUUUAUAAGUAAAGUUUAUGCAAUAAAUAAUGAAGGAAAGAAAACAGUUUAGAGAAAAUCAUUUUGCAUUUAAUUUCUUUAUAUAUACAUACUUUUAAUUCAUGAAGAAGUUCCAUCUAAAUUUCAUAAAGAGUAUCUUCCUUUUUCAGUGUACACUAACCUUCAUUAAAAAAAAUAUAAUAUUAUAAAGAUGACGAACAUUCAGCACAAUGCCACAUAACAUAUUUUUGUGGUAGACAUAACCUAACAUUUUUAAUAAGUAAAACUUUUUAAUAGGACAUUAAUAAAAAGUCGAAUGUGAAUUAAGUUACCUAUCUACAUUACAAAACCCGCUGACUGCAGUUGCUGUUUUCUUGAAAGAAUGCUGCUCGUCAGAAGAAACUUUAGACAUUUUUUGGGUGGUUCUGGGUCAUCUGGGUCAUUAUCUUUUCUCCAUUUGGAAAACUUCAACGACGGAAGCCUGCUCAUCGCAAAUCACCUCACGAACAAUAAUAUUGUAAACGUAACGUAAGAAGUGUGGUUAUAGAAAUUUGCGUCAAAAAAAGAAAACACGAGAAAUAAUGAUGGCUGCCGCGACUAUGUUAGUCAACUUAGUACCGUACUGUAAAAUUUACUGGACCAGUACUUUUAAUACACAAGAUUAAAUUAAUAUUUUCAGUACUUGACUGUUAUAACCAAAAAGGCCAAAGAAAAUAAAUACAUCCCAGUAAUUUAAAAUACGUAAUUUACGUAAUAAUUUCCUACCGCAUUUGUCUUGUGUUAACUUGAUCACGUUAGUUUUGCCGAAAUACGAGAGUUCUCGUACAUGCGCUUUAGUUUAACGCAUGGGGUACGCAAUCUUUGGUGAUUGUACAACACUUCUCGUACACGCACUAUAGUUAAAGGUAUAGUAUACAAUACCUUUGGCAUUUGUACGAUAGUUUAUUUUACGUAGUACGAGAAAUGCAUACAAAAAUCUCUAAAGUAAACAAAAAACAAGGCGCGCCUAUAUGAAAAAAAUGCUAUGCGCGUUAUGCAACGAUUAAUAAUUUUAUUUUUAUGUCUGCGCUUGAAACUGUUGAGGCGACGAUUAUACAAUAAAAGUCGGAAUAUUACAAGUAAUGGAAUUUUGUUGUGCUGUUUUGUGAAUGGUCUCAAAUGGGGGUUAGAAAAUUAGAAAAACGUAAUUUUUUUAAACGAACGUUCGGUGUUUCGAAUAUAUUUUAUGAGGUUUCGAUGAACUGAACAUAAGGGUUCGGUUCGGUUCGGUUCGGUUCUAAAUUUUCGAACUUCGCCCAGCACUACAAUUUUCAAUUACUACCUAAAACUCUUAAAAACCCACCUCGAAUCCUACCUCGAAUCCCACCUCGGAUCCUACGAAUCCUCGAAUCCAUAGGAUUCGGUAUAUUCGACGAAUCCAAGAUUCGAAAAUCCCAUCCCUAUAAGAUAGUAAAUGGUGGUUAUUGUUUAACUCUUGAAGACACUAACUGCACGACUAACCCGCUGUGGCAUGAAUUUUGAUAGUUACAGACUGUCCUCUCUGAUGAAUUGGUAUGUAUAUUUUUUGUAUUAUAAUCACAAACAAAGACUUAAUAAGAAACAAAUUAAAAAAACAAAUGUGUAUGCAUAUUUUGUCCAUUGUAUUGUAUGUGUCUUCACUUUAGUAGAUACCUAUGCACCAAUGCACCUAAAAAAAUCAUUUUCAAGUUACUGUAAUGUAAUAUUUAUCUGUUAAUGCUAAAUCUUGUAAUAUACAUAAAAUAAGAUAGCAAAUUCACUGUACAUAAACCAUUAAAAAUUAGCACUCACAUUCUUGUUUAAGCAGAUGUUUUUAUCUGCUGUCCUUAUUACUCAUCAUCGGAGUCUGUAUCACUAUCACUGCUUCUUAAAGCAACUUCAUCCUCACUUGCAGAAGUAUCGUCAUUUUCAGGCGGAGUAAUAUCAGGUGACAUUGGCCCUUCAUACCACUUAACUCGGUAUUUUCCGUUUUCUAAGCUCCAGCCAUGACAGGUAGGAUCAAUGUUUUCCAAAGGGUUACGAAGGUUGGCAUGUUUCCACAUCCAGGCUACAGCAUUGCUACGCUUUACUUUUUGUUCUAAAUCAGCUUUUGAGGGAGGAAGAAGAGUAGGAUCAACAGGCCUAAGUUUUGACAAAGGUUUACUUGUUAGCUGAGGAGACGUUUUGUUUUGAAAAUAUGUUAUCUCACUUCUGUUACUGAGACGUACGAAGGAUGGCCAUACAUACCACACACAAAUGUCUCUAAACCAUUCCGCAAUGAUUCAUCCACCAAGAUGGAUUCUCCUAAUUUAGCCAGAGUUUUUUGGUGAGCAAUGCUUUUUGUGAGAAUGUUAAAUGGAUUGAUUUUACCUUGUCUGGUAAAAGCAGCAGUGUAAUCUGAGCCAGUGAUGGCAUGAACGCCUGGCAGGCUGUCAGCUAUUUGUGUUCCUAGUUCUCUUGCUAUUUUUGAGACAUUAAUAUAUCUUCUAGAGUUGUUUGAAGAUACACCACAUUCUAGCCAUAAUUGUGCAUUAUUUAAGUUUUUUUGGUGAUAUAUCAUUAACACUAAAAUAUCUGAAUCGUUAGCUCGCACCAAAACAUUUUUCGCUUCGUCAUGUUGAAUCAUGUGUGUAAUAUGCCAAAUUAUUCUCGUAUCCGCUUCACUGUGUAGGCAGGCUAGUUCUUUAACCUCAUUUACAUUCAUUUUGUCACCUAUACAUGAGUACUUGUAACAUGUAUGUUUUACACCAACAUACAGCGUUUUAUUGCCUAGCAAGUGGCAAUAUUUGGAAGAUCUCCAUUCUUUGCAUAAAAACUUUGUUAAAGAUGUCUUGAAGGUCUCAUUUCGUAGAGCUACUGAAGACUUUUUUGGAGUUUUUUGUUCCGGUCCAGACACAUUUAUUUCACUCACUAUUGUUUUAGCACUACGAAUGUCAUGUGCUGUAUCCUUGAUAGUUGGAGUACCAUAGACGUCAAACACUAAGUGAAUUUCUCUAGCUUCUCCAUUACAGAUUAAUCCCAGAAUGUUUUUGGCAAGACCUUCAUAGGUAUCCGGGAAUUGAAUUAUGUGCAGGAUGAACAUAGUGUCAAAGACUAUUGCGUCAACAGUAGAUGGAGUGGAUAUGACAUCUUCUUUUAGUAGCUCUUCCAACUUAUGCAUUAAUUUUGAUUUGCAUGUUUUAUUCAUGGAGCCAUCCAGUUGUCCAAGAGCUAGGGGAACUGGCGUAAGAGGAUAAGCCAUAACACCCUUCAUGUCAAACUUCUGUUCAGAUGCGACAUUGAGAAGUCUUGCAAAAAGAUCACGGGUGCAUUUUACGAUAUGGAGUUUUUUUAUCUGACCCAUGCAUAGUUUUAGAAGCACACAUAUAAGCACAGUUCGUAACAAGUUUUCUUGGUAUUGGAAGUUCAAUAUUUCGCGGAUCACUGACAUACAACAUCUUAAAUUUUUGAAAUGCCUCUGUGCCUUUGAAGUAUGCACGUAGGAGAUCUUUGCUUACAUUAUCGUCCACAACAUAUCCAUUGGCUAUAUUUGUAAAAGGUGUUUCUCUGUCCAUUUCUUCAAAAGGAUCUGAAAAGCUUUUGAGUGAAGAUAUUACACCAUUAACAUCUGUGUUGUCUUUUUUGAUCCUAUUCUCUUGAAGGUCUUGUUUAGUAUCUGGUUUCCUAGAUACGCCACUGGCUUCCAACAAACUUGUAACUAUUUUGCUUCUCGAUGAUCUAGUUUUCAUCCACCUUUUCCUGGCUGAAUCAGAGUUGGCAAACGCUGUAAUACCAGUAAGUCUUGAUGCAGCGUCAGCGUUCACUGUUUGUUCUAGAGCCAUGUCGACUGGAACUCUAGAAAAAGAGGCUUGAGAACGUUUUAUAGACAGACCACCUUGAGAAAGAGCUUGUUUUGCACCUGGGCACACUGAAUCAAUAUUUAACAAGUUGAGAAGGUAAAUAGUCAUCCAGCGAGCAUAGUUAGGUCUACUGCAAGCAAAAAAUAUUGGAGUUAUUUUCUGUAUAGCAUCUAUGUACAUGUUCAGAUCGUUCGUUCUGUAAGCUCUACUGAAGUACUUAUAGAUCUCCACAAGAUCUAUGUAAAGCAUGUAGAAUUGAGCAGUUUUGCCAUGAAGUCCAGUUCGAGUUCUUUCUGCAAACUCAAUGUAAUAUUCAUACAGUGUCGUAAUUUCUGGAUUCUCCACAAGCUUAGCAAGCGAAUUUGGCGACAAAUCGGUAUUAAUAUCUGUCACUAGUUUUCUGACCUUCACAGCAAGGCAUUCAUCUCCAUAUUGCUUUAGAAAUGAUUGGAAGUGACACCUUUCUAGAGCAAGUGACAAAACAAUAUGAAUUCUUUUGCACCUAUUAAAAUGUUUCCCCUUCAAGAAACCCGUAAGUGAACCACUAGCUAAUAUGUCACUCUCAACCAGGACUUGUUCGAUACCUGAGCCUUCUAUGAAAUAUCCAAUUGCUCCAAACAGAGCUAGUUCAAUAUGAAAGGAUCCAAAACAUACGAAAACGUUAUCAAAACGUGGUUUCUCCUGAUUUUGAAUCAAAACCGCUAAUUUGGCCACAGCGAGGUCAUAAUGAACAAUGACACAUGGAUCUCCACACUCAUGUGCUACACUCUGGCACUUUUUUAGUGUUUCCAGAACAACAUCAUUACGUGUUGGUGGCAAACUUAUAUUUUCCAUACAUCCUAUUUCCUGAAUAACGGAUAAAUCUUCAGUCGUUUCUGAAUUCCAUCCUGCCCACAUCGGAGUGUUUUUUGACCACUCUACGGAAGUCAUCCAGAUGAAAUCUCUUAUAAAAGCUGCAUAGCAUACAUUUGUGACAGGAUGUUUUAACACUGUGGAGCUAAGUGUAUUAAUCAGUUUAGGCUUUUUCGGGUAUGGCUCCAGAGUUUUGAAGUCAAAUUGGUAAGACCUAGACCUUGCCGUAGAAGUGCUUGCAGUUGCUCUCUGUUCUGUGUUUCUAGCAUCAGAUUCCAUUACUACAUUUUCUGACAAUUUGUUCUGAAAACAAAUACCAAAUGUAUCGUGUAAAGUACCUUUACCUGAUAGUGUCUCCAUAUUACAGUCGAAGUUAUCCCAGGCCAAUCCAGUAGCAAGGCCUGGAGAUAUUUUUAUAUUUUCGGGUGAUAUACUCGGUUUUUUGUCAAUUGAAACUGCCAGAUCAGUCUCCAACGCUUCUGCUGUAUGGUAACAAAUACAGUGUCCCCAAUGAUUGAUUAUAUCAAUGAGUUUUCUACUUCCAGUUAAGCUUUUGAUGCCAAGGCCUAAAAUUAAAUGCUUCUUUGGCUUCACUUUACCAUUCGUAGUAAUGAAAAUUGCAUCCUGUGCACAAGAGCUCACUCUCCUUUCUAACCUUUCGUUUUUAGGUUUUGCUGAACCACCAAACAUUGUUCUAAAAAAUGUUUCCAGCAAUUCAGGCAUUUUGCUUUCACCUUUUAUAAUAUCCUCGACACUCAACGGAUGUGGUAAUUUUGUUCCUUCAGAUUCGUUUAGAAUUAACCUUCUUAGGUACAAAGCGACCUCUUCUAUUUUAGAUUAUGUGGUAGAUGAGUACUGACUUGCUAAUGAAACAGCUUCAGUAGAUGAUAGCUCAUUACUAUAUAUAACAAUUCCAUCUUUAUUAUUAUUUUUUGUUGAACACAAUUUCUUGCCAAAAAAAGAUUUAAGUUUCUCGUGCAGUUUUUGUGCUGAAUAAUUCGAAUCAUGUACUCCUUCUUCGGCGAGAUAGGUUAUGUGCCUAUCACGAACAACAGUAAGAUACUGAGCUUUUUGUGGUUUAAUGAUGUAUUUUGUCACAUACUCUACCGUUCGAUUAAAUGCACUGUCAUGUUUUUGUUUGUGAUUGAAACCCUCCUUUACAUUUUCAGAUGGUAGGUUUCCUGUGUCCAUUUCAACACGUUUUGCAUUAGCUAAGUUGAGGUAUUCUCUUCGGCAAAAGUUAUGGUAAGAAACUUCUUUGGCAAUGAAGUCUACAUCGCAUAUUUUUAAUAAUAACUUGUCAUCUUGCAAAAUAUUGGCGGCACUUUUAAUAUUGUUUUCAGAGUCUCUUGUCUGACAUGUAGUUAUUUGUUCUUCUUUCCCCUUCACCUUUCUUCUCAAAUUUCUACAAAAAAUGCAUUUUCUAUCAAAUACUCCUGUGCACGAUAUUACUUUGACGCUUUCUUCUGAAGAUAUCGAAGACCUUAGAGUAUGUUUAACAGUUGAAUAUUCUAUAUCACCAUCAAGUUUCGAAAUAGCAGUAAAAUUUUUAUAGCACAGACUGUGAUAACAAUGUUUCAUUACAUCAUAAUGUUCAGGUAGGUCUCGGCACAAUACCGAAUACUUUGAAUCUAUUUGAGUCCUUAGCCUCGUACUUGCUGCUUCAUUAUUCUUUGCCAGGAACUGUCUUUAAUUUCAAACUUUUUUCCAGAUACACCUUCUGUGUGUAUUACACAAUGUUUUCUUGCAUCUGACAUUUUGAAGGCUUCCAUGAGCUUCAUAGGAAAGUGUCAACAGGUGAAGUACAUUCACGUGAACCUUCAACUGCGAGUAACACAAUCCUUAAAAAUAAUAACAUAAGUUAAGCUGAGUAAACAGUGUUCAAGAGGGUAUUCAAAUUAAUUAUAGCCAAGGAUAGAUGCAAAGGUUAAAGUAGCAAAUAGUUACAUUAACUUAGUUCGUUUAAUCAUGGGCAAAGGCCUCACGUGGUUCAUCAUACAAAUACAUCAUUCUUUCACAUAUAAUUAAUACUUGCUUAAUACUGAUAGUGCUAGUACACAUGCCACGGCAAAAUACGUGAACGCAUAUCUAUAUUUUCUUUAGGAUUAAAUACUUGAUAGAAUACAUGAUAGAAACUUGAAAGAUACUUGAUAGAUAGAAAUUUUACAAUUAAUUUAACGCUUACACACAGGGACAAUGAAUGUCGUUUACACAGACAAAUGCCUCAUUAGUGAAUACAAAACACGUUAAUUGAACAUGCAGGCGACCGCGGCCUGACCUACACUAGGCGGUUUAAAGCUUAGUUUAAAGCAUGAUAAAGCAUGAUAUCAAAAGAAAACUCACAAAUGAAUACAUUAAAUACAUUACGUAAAAAACAAGUCCAAACGAAGAGUGACGACAUGACGAGGAGAAACGUCAAACAAAUUACACGUGAUAUAGAGAGCAAUUAAUACAAAAACGAGCAAGAUAAAAAAUAAAUGACAAAUAGAAUUUAGUUGGUGACGGCCGAAAUAAGAAUUUAGAGAAUAGCAAUUACCAAUUACCAAUUACAUAACUGUAAGGGUCACCACCUUACAAACACUUACGUGCAUUCUCCCCGCUGUCACACUCUCUCUCUAAAGCAAUUAUCUGACUACAUGCUUAAUUCAGCAACGGAUGACCACCGACUAAGUGCUAACGAACAAGAAGAACCUUCAAGGCAAUACAUCUAGUUUUAAGUAAGAAAGAGGGCGCCACGCGCAUGCGCGGACACCUCAAGAGGGGAGGUCAGACACAGCACUGGACGCAGAAAAGGGGGGGGGGGGGGGGAAGUAGGAAGGGAAGGAGCGCCGAAGCCCGCCGCACGGCGCGAAGUUCAAAUGACGCGCACCGACCACUUCAAUUUUAUUAAUGCUUCUUUUCAAAACAGACCUGAAACAAAAUUAAAUUAUCUUAAGAAACAAAGACUGAUAUGAUGUGCACAGUUCAAAUUAGAAAUAAAUGUUCCAAACAAAAAACACACCUGCCAGCUACAUCAUCAAGCACAAAGCAUUUAAACAUAUGGGUUCUAAAACAGAAAAUCACUUGUAAAUUCCACAAAUAUCUUCUUAGUGCUACAUUUCCAUACAUUUUCAAAUACAGUAGAACCCCUGUCAUACACUUUUCAACGGAGGGCACAAAAAUGGUGUAUGAUGCGGGAAAAUGUAUGAAAAGGGAAUGGCAAUAAUGAAAUUUUUUUCCAAUCCAGCAUAUCAGCACAGUGCCAGAUUAAACAUAAAUAUAUAUGUGUAAAUAAUUGCAUUAUAUUAAUGAAAGAUAUGAAUUCAUCAUUAUAUUAUACAUAUAAUAAAACCACCAGAAAUGUAAAAUACAGUCCAUAAUCAAGUAAAGCUGACAUGAGAAACAGUGGCCUUAAAAAAUGUUAUGAAGUCCUUUCUUGGAGGGGGGGAAAAGUCACCAAGACUAAAUUAGAAAUUUAAAAAAUUAGGCUAUUGUAAAAAAAAAAAAAUCAGAAAUUUUUGCUUGUUUAUUACAUUUUACAAACAACUUUAUGCAACAGAACAAUUUUCAAUAAAAUUUUAACUUGAGAAACGUAAAAUUCAAAACAAUCCAAUCGUAAAAAAACAAUAACAAACGGAUAUAUUCAGUUCAAAGAUAAACGACUGCACAAAAUAUGAGAUCCGUGCCUUGGUAAAGCACGUGCACCAUUUUCAUGAUCAUUUCUUGUUUGUGCCACUAGUCUCGCUUGGUGCUGGCCAUAGAUGCUACUAGCGAAGUGCACAGUCUUCCUGAUACUAUCCAUAUCUAUGGUGUGAUAGUUAUUUUCUUACGUUUGCAAAUUUUAUUUAUUUAUUUAUUUAUUUAUUUAUUAAAAUCCACCACUAGAUCCCCUUACAAGCAUUACACUUGGGGAUAUGGGCUUAGUCAAAUUAAUAUAAGUAUACAUAUUUACUUUAUAUACAUACAUUCCUUUUUCAAUACUUAUAAUAAAUUACAGUCACAAAUUAAAAUUAAAGAAUAAAAUUUCCCAUAUUAUAGAUAUAUCAAAAGGCCUGUGUUUCAUAAUACACUUGGGGAUAUGGGCUUAGUCAAAUUAAUAUAAGUAUGCAUAUUUACAAUAUAUACAUAAAUUCCUUUUUCAACACUCAUUACAAAUUACAAUCAUAGAUUAAAAUCAAUGAAUAAAGUUUCCUAUAUUAUAAAUAUAUCAAAAGGCCUGUAUUACAUAAUAAUAACAUGUUAAAAAUCAUUGAUAUCUGAUAUUGAAUAAAAAAUUUUUUAAUUAUAAAAUUUCUAAGUUCUUUCUUAAAUUCAUUGUGAUUGUUUAGAAGUAAUAAUUUUUUAGGCAACUUAUUAAAAAGCGUAAUACCUUUAUGUUGAACUCCCUUUGCAUAUAACGUAGUUUUAUAACACUUAGGUUUGAGUUUAUAUUGAUAACUAGUUUCAUAGUAAUCGAUAAAAUGAGUUUCUUUAAAAUUUUCCACAUUUUCUUUUGUAAAUAACAGUAAACGAUAAACAUAUUCGGAGUAAUAUGGUAAAAUAUUUAGUUCUCGAAAAUAUAGUUUACAGGAGGAAUUUGGUUUCUUAUUACAAAUAAUUCGAAUAGCUCUUUUUUGUAAUCUAAAAAUGUUCACACUGAAACUACUAUUUCCCCAUAUUUCAAUUCCGUAAGUCAUGUAAGAGUGAAAUAAAGCAAAAUAAGCAGUACGUAAGGAUUCCUUAUCUAAUGUAUUGCUUAAAAUUCUGAGUGCAUAACAUGAUUUGCUUAAACAAUGAUCGUUUUUCAAAAUAAAAGCAUUAAAACUGAGUUUAUAAGGAGGAAUAUAAAAAAAAUUUGUGGAUUAUAGGACUUUUCCGCUUCGUAAAAACGUAUGAAACGGGAAAUUAAUGGUUUUAUAAGUGUAUGUUCCGGGAAAGUAAACCAUUGUAAAUAUAGUACUUUCGGCGGGACCGAAAUUAAUCGGCGUAUGACACGGGAAAAUGUAUGAAACGGGAACGUAUCAUCGAGGUUCUACUGUACUUCAAAAUCCAAGCAAACUUUUUAUUUUGACAAUUUUUUUUAUAUUCUUUACGGUUUAAAAGUUGCUGGGAUUUAAACAUUCGCUAGAAAACAAAAAAAAGGAAAAAUGUUAGUUUCAGACUAAAUAUCACGAAAACUAUUAACCUUACGAAAUAAAUUGGCAUUACACAAAACAUUCGUUAGUUCAUUAUGAGCAAUAUUAAAAAAAGAACAAAGCUCUACGACGUUUCCUUGCGGAGAUACGUUUAUUUAAGUAUAGUGCCACAGGUUGGUGCGGCAGCCAUAUUGAUGACGUCAUUACUCGUACCCCCACCACUCGCCAACCUUAAGAAAUACCUUUCUGAAGACUGUAGGUUAUGGUUAUUCUUAAAACCAGACUCAAGUUUAAGGUAAACUGGGGUAAAUAAAAUGUGCCCUAGCUCUUGGUCUAUUUCUAUUGUCACAGUAAUGGUGCAAACAUACGCAACUGAAUGGCCAUACGGGUGGGAAUUUACAGGUAUGGCAUCAUCGAACAGUGAUGUGACGUGCCAGAUGUCGGAAUUACAUAGGAAGGUUUGGGCAGCAGUUGAAGUUUAAAAGGCUCACGGGUCGUGUGGGAGAGUUGAGAAAACACUCGUAUCUGGGUCUUGCCCUGCGCACAAUUUGAGUUCGUGUACCUCUUACGGUCGGCCAAGUGAUAAUUUUGCUCGCAGUUUGUAACAAUAGUUAGUGUAAUUCAAAGUGAGAGUGAAUGCCACUUAGGCCCUGCUACUGUGAGAUGGUCCUUGGCCGUUCUGAUAUGUGCUGCUCCCAAUUCUGAAAUGUAAUUGGGCGUACAGUCAUUCCCGCAUGCUGUGAUGCUACAGUCGAGAUGGCAGACUUUUAUCUUGUGGCUAGCAGGGGUUCGUGAUUCAUCAUCUUUUGUGACGUGUGCCAAUCAGAUUAAUACUGGUUUUACACAGGUGCAGUGAAAAAGUAUCUCCUCAAUUUUUAUGUUAAUAUUGCAGGUUAAAACGUUUGUAACUUAAAAUUUAUUUCAUAACUGGAAUAAUUAUUCCAUACAGAUGAAUGAAAUUUGGCUUUGCUUACAUCAAAUGAUUUUAACAGUUCCAUGGACCAAUCGUAAACCAGAGUAGGAGCCACGAGUGGAAGACGAGAAUCUUUCUAGUCUACACCAUCGUUAGUCUGUGAUGGAAGUAGUCUUGCCUACAACAGAGAAGUUGUAGUUACCAAGUUACAGUGUUAUAGCGGAAUUUUUUUGGAGAUGAAAUAUCAGCAAAAGUGGGGUUUUUGUUCUUGCAGCUUUUAGUUGUGUUUUAUUUGUAACACGUGAUUUGGUUGUAUUUGAGUUGAGGGUUCUUCUCCCAUACCAAAUUGUUUUUGUUGUUGUGCAGAGAAAGGUUUCUGAUACUUGUAAUGGAUAUCACAAAGCAUGAAAUGUGUUUAGAAUUUCUUGUUUGCCUCCUUUUUCAGUCUUUGAUAGUUUUUUAAGUGCUUCCAUCUUUUAUGCUUUUCUUUGUGCCGUUGUAAGAUUGUACAGUUUUCAUCAGCUGAACCUUUUUUUGAAGUAGGGUUGAGUACUUAUACUUACAAAUAUAAGCAACAUAAGAUAGAACAAAGAUGGUCUUGGAAGCACUUCUUCACAUUGCAAAGUAAAAAAAAAAAAAAUAUAUAUAUAUUGUACAGCAAUGUUCACUGAAAUUCUGUUAAUGACAGGGUAUCCACAUUAUAGAAAGUUAGGGAAGCUGGAAUUUGCCAGUAAAAAAUAGGGAAUUUACUUGAAAUCCUGGGAAAGUCAUGAUAAUUUCAGAGUUGUUGAAGGGAAAAUAUCAUGCUUCAGUCUGCUAUCACCCAUGGCAUGUGCAAGGUUCUAUUUGAAUUAAGAAAGUGGAGAAAGAACUAGGCCAGCUAUGGAGAUGGUGAAGGCUGGGGUUUCUUUUUUUCUUGAAGAAAAUUUCAAAAUAGGUAAUUUAAUUUUUUUUUAAAGUCGGGAAAAAAUAUAAUUUUGUUUUGGGAAAAGUCUGGGAAAUUUUAUUACAAAGUUGUGUGGACUCUCUGUAUAAGAUUCUGGAAUACUUAUUUAUUUGUUUUAGAUUUUAUAAUCAACUUAUUAAGAGAGUUAAAAAAAAAUAUGUGUGUACAUUCAUUAAAGUCAAAAAAAUAUUUUGACCUCAAUGAGCAGGAAAAUUUUUGAAAUAGGAUCUUUUUAAGACUUGACUUAAUCAACUAUGUUGCAUUGUUAUAUUUGUACAUCAUUAUUUUUGUUUUAUCACAAUUUCUAUGGAUGUGUCACUACACAGAGUGAGUCAGAAUUAAACCUACAAAUUUUGGCUCCAGGUUAUUUACAAAAACCUAAGUUGACUAAUGGUCUUAACUUGGAGUUGAAGAUCUGGUAUAUUGCAAACAAUAGAGAAACAGUUAGCAUCAGGAUAAUGUUUAAUUGAAAACAUUUAUUUAACUACUGCAAAACUUGUUGCUGUUGUAAAAUGAUUUCUUUGAAAUAAUUGAUGUAAGUGUGGAGGGUUACAAUUUGUUAUGAAAAGUUAUUAAAUAAGCACCACCGUAUGUUUAAGGGCACACGGACCCAGCGGAGACUUCUCUCAGAGUGUGACAUUGCCUGUGUAGAUAGCGAGAUUCAGACCCUUCUUAAUUAACCAAAAAUUAUCAUUCCUAGCCUGCUCUGUCUCGGGCAUGCUAUAACAUAGGAUGUUACAGUGGGCUCUUAAGGAAUCCCACACGCCUGAUACCUGCGGCUGGUCGACACAUGGCCAGAUAGUUACACAAUUUCUCAGAUACGUUUAUAUUCGUACUGACAAAUAUAACACACCCUUGUACACGUCUCAAUUAAAAACUGUUUGAAUUGGUUUAAGUGAGGUACGAGUCAUCCUCAUGGUUGCAAUGAAGUUUCAUUUAGGCUGAUUUCAAGUCUCAGUUACGAGUUAAAAUGAAUUAUUUAAGCAUUCUGGCAUCCGAGGCAGGCCCCAAGGACAUUAAGAAAGAGAUUUAGGUAAAUUAAAAUAUAAAACAGAAUUACUAACUCGUUGAUAGCAACGGAUGAAGUCCCCAUGGUGAUGGCAUGUCUUACCUCAGCGGUGAUGAUGUCAGACUGGGGCGACUAAGCGCGCUCUCCGAGGCAUCACGGCAUCUUCGCGCGAGCAAGAAAUUGUUAAGCUUAUUCAAAUUUGGGCCAUGGCCCAUGGCCCCAUGGGUGAUUAAAAGAAAAACAUAUAAAACAUAUAAAACACGCCCCCUCGUUAUUAAUUAACAUACAGUUUAGUAAUUAAUAAUUAAGUAAUUGAUCAUUUAGUCUGCUUCUGCCAACUUUAGGUCUGUUCAUAUCAUUCAGCUCUGUCUUGGUGAAAUACGCCAGCUAAUUAUUUAAAACACAUACCCUUAGGGACAAAAAUUAGGAGUUACUGGUUUACUUAAAAGAGGUACGCAAUACUGCAUGGGGUACACAAUACUGCAUGGUAGGGUGUCUUCCAGAGUUGUAGUGCUGUGUUUAAACAUACACACUUACAUACAGCGGCAGUACAAAUGCCAGGAAAGUUCGGGGAAGAAGUGAAAUCUUACCAGGCUCAUAGGGGCAAAGCCUCGGUCGAGGUCAAACUUGCCUUUAAAAUGUAUCGGAAAUAACAAAUAUGGGCGUGACCCUCAAUUAUUUCAAAGAAAUAAUUUUAUGACAGUGACAAGUUUUGCGGUAGCUAAAGAUCUGUGUUCAAUUAAAUGUUAUACAGAUGCUUGGUGUUCCAUUAAAAACUUUCUUUAAAUAAACCAGUUGUUCAGCUCCAACAUCAACUGUAGCUGAAGUUUCUUGGUCAAUUUUGACUCAUUCUGUAUACACACAUAAUUUUUCAUAUAAUUUUUUGUUGUUAAUUUUUGGCACCAGACAUAUUCUACAGUAUUUGAAAAAAAAUUGGACAAAUAUUUAUAACUGUGGCCCAACUAUUUGCAUCAUGACCACACACUUUAAUUUCACGUUCUGUAUUUGCACUAUUGGGUUAUGCAGAUAACUUUUUUUGAAAUAUUUUGUUGAAGCCAAGCCUUAAAUGAGAUUUACUAAGUAAACACAUUUUUUUUGCAAAACUAUUCCAUUAAAAAUCUAAACAUUAUGUCUAUCUUUGUAUAAUAUUUUGGCAUUUUUCAAGAGGUUAGUGAUAGAAUUUUUUGAAAAAUUUGUUUUUAUAGCCAUUAAAAAACACGAUUUUAUGUCUUAGGUUUACUAUUUAUUUUAGUUAUUUUUGUUAUUUGGUUGACAAAUGAUAAUUUUUCCUGGAAGAGUUUGGAAAUUAUGUUUUUGGUGUUUGGAGCCACCCUCUUAUAUAUUCUUUAUGUAUGUCACUUUGGCAUGGAGUGUGAACGGUAAUUAUGCUGAUGUUAAACAAUAGAGAAUGGAUAGUAAUAAUUUUAGACUGAAUUUACUAACUUCUUUAGCCUGUAACGCUCCACCAACAGUGUUGGUGUCCUCUAUCUGCCAUACUUAAUUUAUGCUAGAGUUAUAAAGCAAGUAACUUACAACUAAUGUCCCUCCCCCCCCCCCCCCCCCCCCCCCCACCUGUUUGUAAACUGCUAUCGACAAGCUUGAGGCACUGAACCUUCCCCUAUCUCCGUGCAACGGCACAGCAAGCAUCAUGACCGUCAAGGCCUAGGUACUUAUCCGAGAGACAGAAAAAUGAAAGCAGUAUUUAAAUUGCAACUUUUCAACACACACAUUAUUUCCUCAUAAAAUGCAAUCAAAAAUGUUAAGACUGCAAGUGAAUAGGAAAGUCUGUUAUACUUAAUGCACAAGAAUUGAGGAUUUAUUUUCAAAUUUUUAGUAAUGAUAAGCUUCAUCUUAUACUUAUAUCCAUGGACUAUGGCAAUGGUUAUUAUGGGCUACUGAGCAUUGAGGUGUGACAAAUAUCACAUGUUAAAUUAUGUAAUUGAUUUUGGGUUAGCAUGUUGACACUACCCUUGUAAAAUAUAUGUUUAUAUAUCAUGUAUGUUAUGUUGUGAAAAUUUUAUUUUCUAUGUAUUUGGUUUUGUAUAUGUAUAUUUUGUAUUAUUGUUAUAAAAUGGAAGUGGCAGUGUUUAGUUGGCUUUGAGCUGUUUGUCAGUGCUGUAACUAUUUUAACCAUAAUUAGUCCUGAUAUUUGAGAUUUUUCAAUUUUUUGCUGUAAUUUUAAUAUUGAACCUUUUUGGAUCGACAGAGAAUAAAUAUCAUCUUCCUAAACUUUUAUACCUUGCUAUGUUUUGGUAUUCAUAGACCGAUGCGUUAUAUAACUUCCGUGAUGAUUUUCGUAUGUGUUUCAAUGUUGUCAGUCAUUACUCAUAUGAUUUACAGACUGCAACAUUCCUUUUUAUUUGAAUACAUUUGCUUGCGUUGCGUACAAUUGCCAACCAUUCUGAGAUGUAUUUUGUAAUAUGUUACUGAGAAAACAAAUUUCAAGCUUUCUGGCCAUGUAGUAUAAUUAUAUGGAAGGAAAGAAAAUAUAAACGAAAAUGUUUAAAUUAAUUAGUAAAAAUGGUGAGGAAGUCAGGUGAGUUAAACUGGACAAUUAUUCUAAAAUCUUGAAAAUGUUUGUCAUUAUUUCUCGUAAGCGACUACAAGUGAGGUAAUAAUUUUGAUGGGGAAAGACAAAUCUUAUAUAUAAAAUUCUCGUGUCACAGUUUUCGUUGCCAUACUCCUCCGAAACGGCUUGACCGAUUUUGAUGAAAUUUUUUGUGCUUAUCCGGUAUCUAUGAGAAUCGGCCAACAUCUAUUUUUCAUCCCCCUAAAUGUUAGGGGUAGUCCACCCCUAAAUUUUUUUUUUAUUUCCAGUUUUUGGUAGGAAAUCACCAUGGCAACGGCUGUUGCUUUGUUGAUGCUUCAUUCGUCUCUAUGGCAACGGCUAUUUCAUUGUUAGUGCAGUCCUCAUCACCGUUGAAAUUUUGCAAGUACUUUAAAUAUCAAAAAUUGCCCUUUUUUUUCAAGUAUAUAUAUUUUACAGACUUGAAACUUCACAGUAAUGUUCCUUAUGUUACGCAGGUGGUUAAAACCAGGCAACAGUGGGUACUUUGUCUGCAUGAGAACAGUAUUUUGCAUUGUUCAUGCCUUCUGCGUCUCCAUGGCAACAGGCAUCACGCGGCAGUGGCGUACCCACAACGAGGGGCAUGUAUUAUGAGCGGCGCAAGAGUGAUCUGCCUGUAGACUGCCGUAGCGAAGUACGGGUACAUCAGUUUUAUGUUGCGUGCACGAGUCGGGAAACCAUCGGUACAUUAUACAGCAUUGUAAUAAAUUUUCACGGAAUUUUUUAUUAUUUACCAUUACUGUAAAUGGGAGAUGUGGCAUAAUUCUUUUUCCAUUAGUAUAGCCGUGCGAAGCCGGGUCGGGCAGCUAGUAUUUAUAUAAAAUAUAUAAUGACUUGUAAGAAACUUAAAAUAUAUUUGGUACGGCAACAGGUGGCACGGCCCGUGCUAUAUGCAAAAUCUCCUACCAAUGUGCCUAUACCAGCCCACAGAAUGUAUCGUAAUAAAGUGAUGAAAGUAGUGUGGUAUGUAGAAUAUAUUGUAUGCAGUAUUAAUUGCAAUAUCACAUAAUGAACACAUACAAACCCAGUAAAUUAAAAUCACAUGUAAAUUAUUAUGAAUAUAAUAAUAAAUGAAGUAAAUGUGAAAAAUAAUAACUAUUAAACAUUUACAAAACAUUUACUUAGAAAGUUAAAGAGCACACAAAAUAGGAUUUUAUUACAAUAUUAAAAUUAUUCAGUUAAAUAGCAAUAUGUUUAUUUCGAUCUAUGCAAGUAACUGAAGUUUCACUUCAUGUAAUUUAAGUGAGCUACCCUUGAAUGCUUAGUAAUACUUCAAGAUAUAAGUAUGAAUAUCUGGGUUAUAUGUAUCAACACUAGUAAACACUUUCAGCACAAUAAAGUGCUGCAAAAUACUCAAGGUUCGGUAGAGCUGUGAAAUCUUUGUCGACAGGACCUCUAGGAACGGACAGCAUAGCCUCCAGGAAAUUCAGUUAUAGCGAUGUAGAAUGAUCUAAAACUACAACUGUAGACAUCAGGAACUCAGCUACAGUAGUUCCUCCAGAUUGCUGAAAACUGCUCGGAAUUUGGGACAGUCUCACCAAAGACGAUCUCUCGGAUCAGGAUGCAGGGCGUCAUCGGCAACUCGGCCGAAACUUCCAGACUGGAAUAUCGUAAACGCCCGACGCGAAUGUUAACUAAGGCUUUGACGUUACACCCUACGUCUGUCACUACAAAUGGCAGACGUCCUGAAAUUUAACUUACGUAGAAGAUAACUAAUUGAUCCGCGGUUUUUGCGAGGUCUUCUCGACUCCUGUGUGGGGUUCCAUGGGAAUCGGGACCACUCCACACACAGGAGACGUCUUGUCCGAUGUCCUGCUAAAAAGUGACUCUUUUCUACGCUUCCUUAAACUGUAUUAUUACUAGAAACUUCCAAAGAGAAACAUUCCUAUGAGAAAUAUUGGAUGAAAUAAUUUCUACCGGGUGAACAGGUGUAAAUUCAAGAAGAAAUGUGUUGCCUAGAGCAGACUCAGUACAAAAAGGAAUGAUCUAAUUAUAAAAAUAAAUAUAAUUAAGCGAAAUUAAAGUGUAAAUGAUGAUAAUUGAACACUCGUGAUGGGUAGCUCACACUAUAACACUAUGAUAACUUUAGUAUGAAAUAUUACAAUAAUUAAAACUUAAUAUUUAAAAAUGAAUGCAAAAUAACCAUAAUAAACAUCGUGUAAACUUUCUGAAUGGUUACAUUAUAUUUUUUUGUCACAAACAGUACUGUCUGAAGUUAAAAAUAAAUUGAGAAAACCAUCUAAAAUCAGCACUUCAGCAAAACCUAAAAUAACUGUGUUUGUUUCUCCACAGCUGUGGCUAAAGUUUCCAAUGAACAUUGAUGCUAAUAACGAGGAGUCAUCGUUAUAAAAGUUGAAUCAAUUACGCUUGGCUCAAGUUUUUCAAACAAUUUACGUAAUGUCCGUUUAUAUCUUUUUAUUUUUUUAUACAUAAUUUCCUGAUUCACUGAAAUGAGUCUGUACCUUUUUUUACUUUGUUAAAGUUAGAAAUAGUCAAGGAAAAAGCUGGCAAGGGUAUGUGAUAAUUUUUGAAACGGGCAUGGGUCUCGUAAAUGUGGGGCGACAAGUGUUGGCAUUCGUUAUAGCUGCGUGUGGUUUUGGACCUGCAAAAAAGUGGACUCAUUGGAAUGCUUUUUAUUGAUAUUCUUAUGAGAUGGUUGUCUUUCAAAUAAAUUUUUGUUGGAAUAAGACUUUAGUGCCAAGUCUGAUUUCUUGGAUUCACCAAAGUAAUUUAUUGGCAUGUUUACAUUUACAACCAAUGUAUUAUGUAAUGUAAGCAUGAGUGAUGUUAAGCAAAUGUGAUUAGGCCCAGCCUGUAUGAAUUUUAAAUGGUAUUUACACUUCAAAAUAAUGAAUAUUUAUAUGAAUAUGAAUAUUGUUUCUGAAGUUCAGUAAAGAGUUGUGUCUAAAAAUUGGGAAAGUAUCAACGUUCAGGUUGAGUCACUUAUAAAUGUGUACUACAUAGGUACAUACCCAAUUUGAGUUAAUAGACCUAAUAUGUAAUCAAAUAGCAAAUACUACUUAAAAACAAUAUCCAUGACAAUUGCAAAUAAAAAAUUAAUUUCAUUCAGGAUUAGUCAUAACUCAAAAAAGCCACCACCCAAAGUUUUUAAUUUUAGGACCAGAAAGUUACCCCAUGCUAAGGGUGAUGUUCACACACCCAUAGAAUGUCUCGUCACCUCUGUGCACUAGGCACUGAACUGGCGUGCGUUCUUCUAACAUCCAGCCACGGGGCUUGGGACUGAAAAAGAUUUUAUUGGUGGUCUGUAGCGAAGCUAGCAGCAUCUCCGUAAUAGAUACCAGCCUGGAGUGUGCAUGUGCUCAUUUAGUUGAUGAGCAGACCAUUAAUUCUGUGAAUUUUUUUUUCCCCUAAAGUCAAUCAUGUAAAUACUGUAGAUAAAUGUUCAUUUUUCAAUCAGGCCUGUGCCUUAUUGUCUGAGACUCAAAACUAGGAUAAUAAGUGGUUAUUUUAAUUGAGAAAUUAUUUGUCAAGCUUUUAAAUCCAGCACUGAUCGAGAAGCUUGCAUUCUGACAUUUAUUUUUGUUUGUUGACCUAGACCACCAAACUUGAUUUUAACAGUAUUUUUUCUUGCCGCAGUCCAGCUUAUUACAAAUUUUUUUUUCAAUUACCAUUGUACUGUGAUUUAUUUAUUUUUGUGCCAUUCCCAUUAUAACUAGUAUAUUGUUGUUCGAUGAUCCGGCAAAAUCACUAACCUGGCUUGGCUGUGGUUCCAAACAGGCCGGAUUAAGGAGCCUUUAAUGUAAUAAGAUUUUUACCGCUUUAUUUUUGCAAAUAAUUUGAACAAAACUUGUGCAUUUCACUAAAUUUAAGCACAUUAGUGUUUGUAUAGUAAGUUUUGUUUGUAGUAAGUAGUGUGUGACAUCUGCAAAAACUGCCAAUAACAUCUAGUGAGAUUUUUUCCUUAAGAGUGCUUGCAAACCAUAAACUUAUAUACACCAAUCCCUCACUUAGCACGACUAAUGCAUUCCUAAAAAUGUUCGUGUUAUCCAAAAUCAAGUAUUCUGAAGCACUGGUCUCCAUAAAUAGCAAUGCUAAUUUACUUAAUGUGUUCCAAAAUGUGUAGGGAAAUAUUCUUCACGUAAUAUAAAUGCGUAUAAUAACACUCAAAGAUAAAUAUGCCAUAGCUGAUGUUUGUACAACAGCCGAUAGCAUAGACAGAUUUGCGCAUGCAUCUCUUCCCCCCUUGUAUGGCUAACUGUAUGCCACGGCACAUCUGUUGUUUACAGAACUUGAAACAGACUUCAUGGCGUCAUACCCAACUUUUUUUUUGCCUGUGGAGAUUUCGCGCUAACUGAAAUUUACAGACAUGCUAUUCAAGACUGAAGCAGUGAAAUUAACACUGCGCUAAAUGAAUUUGCUGAGGGAUUGGUGUAUAUAUGUAAAAUUUCCUUGCCUUUUAUCAUUUUAUAUAACUAAUAAUAUUUAUUUAUUAAUUUAUUGAAUUUAUAGCUAGCUGAUAAUCUUACAAAUUGUUUUUUAAUAUAAUAAUAUAAAGAGUUUCUGCCAACUGUUAAUUUGUUAUUCUUUCGCUAUUAUUUAUUAUUUUUAAGGUAUACCUCGAAACAUAAGUGUGUUUUCCGAAUAGUAAGGGCGAUGCAGCCUUUAACACAAGGACCCGUUAUUUCAAGGCUUUAUUCAGUGACAAGUUAACGGUGAACAGAAGUCCAGUUACUUUUAACAUCAAUACAACCUGGUGUAUCACCAAAAAAUUCUUUUUAACAAUGUUGUUUGUAUUUCAUAAUUUUCAUACUAAAUUUGGAGGCAAUUUAAAUUUUCUUUUAUACUCAAGUUAACCAUUUGACAGUAAUCGAUGAGCAGAAAAUAGUGUAGACAGCUGUUGGCUAGCUAAGCAACAAAUUUUUGUUAAAUUUUUACUUAAAAAUAUCACCUCAAACCUCUUGACAUAAAACGAGAGUGACUCGUCCUUUCACAAAAAGCUGCAUAGAAAAUUCUGUAAGAAUCCUUGCAACUAUUUUAGAAGGUCAUUAAAAUGGCCGACAUCCCUUAAGAUGUAUUUUCCUGUUAGGCUAAAGGGUCCUUCAAGGAGGUGAUUGGAAACAGUCAUUGUGUUCGAUUUUAAGAUAUCAGUUGAUUGACUAUGGAAUGUGUGUGUUAUACACAUACCUUCGAAAUAUUUUCGUCAAAAAGCAAUGACCAUUUGUAUCAAGAAAUUUAUACGCUCCCAUUAAAUGUACGCUGAUUUUUGUGUAAUUUUUUUUUGCAUUAAAAAAAUUUCUAGUCUUGUUACCAUGACAACUAGUAUUACACAUGCUUUUGUGUCUGCCUAUUGUGGCACUGUAUUUUGAGUUGUGAAAUAUGGUUGUGCGAAUUCUGCUGUUCUUAUUGAAGUGAUGGAGAACCUUUGUACAAAUUAGCAUACAAGAAAAUUAUGCAUUCAGGUUCACAUCUCAGCAACAAUUGUUCCAAGAGCUAUAACAAGUCCCAUGUUCUUGUGUCAUAUGGAAAAACUAGUUUUUAAGAUAUUAUAACUAAUAUACACAAUAUUCAUUACUUAGUAAACUCAUCAAAUACUUAAGAGAACAAAUAUUUCUACGUAUAAACUUCUAAUUAAAUAUAAUUGUAUACUGUCAGAAAUUAAAUGUUUUAUAAUUAAAAGGCUGAAAUGAAAAGUUUAUCAUUAUUUUACUUGUGAGCCACAGUGUAAUUAAAACUAAUGCUAGUCAUUUUGAACAAAUACAUUUAAGGUAGACCUUUCAUUUAAGAUCAUCUCAUAUUUGAGAUCCCUAUUUUAUUCAGUUCUCUUUGUUUCACAGCCUAACAUUCAAGAUAAUCUUUUAUUUAUGGGCAUUCUUAACUUAAGGGUGUUUGUUUAGGUGAUCAUACAUAACUGGUUUGAUAAGAUGCUUAAUAUAAACAAAAUUUAUAGAAUGAACAUUUUUUUUUCGUUAGAGAAAAAAUAUUUAUAUACAGCAUUAAAAAAUGUUUGUUACAUACAUAAAUAUCCUGUAAACCUAAGUUUAGUAAGUGAAACCAACACGAAAUAUUCGCACAACAAUAUUAUAAAACAUUUAAUUGUUAUUUUUGUAUUGUGUUGACCCAAUAAAUUUAUAAAUGGGGGAAAAAAACUGUUUUCUCAUAUUAUGUGUGGGUAUUUUAAUCUUUUAAGAACUUAAUAAAUUUGUGUAUAUGCUAGAAA